UGCGACAGCGACUGUGUUUAUGGCACACGUGAGAGUGAGGUGUAGUGUGAUCUGCAUCAUGGCGAAGGUCUCAAAGAAAAAGGGCAGUAAAAAGAUCAAGAAAGUUGUCAUGAGCGUCGAGGAGCAACCGCCUGUGAAUGAAGAGGAAGAGGAAGAGGCCGGCAUGGCUGGAGCUGAAGGAGACAUCGGUAGCAGCGGGGAGGACGAAGGCGAGGAUGAACGAAAACGGCAAAAGCUGCUGCAGGCGAUCAGCGCUCUGGGUGGGAAAAGGAAGAAGGCGCUGGGGGAGAGGUCGGAGGCGGCCGUGGACAUGUCCGAGUUCUCGGUUAACCCCGAGGAUGGUCCCGGUAAGGUGCAACUCUCGGAUCUGAUGGGGACCUUGGAGAAAACCCCCGCCGUCCCAGCUAAAACCAGAAAGCUGCUGGAGAAUCUGCAACGCAACAAGAAAACCGUCGAUUCUCCGCUCAGCAAACAGGAAACCGAGAGGAUCCAGAGGGGCAUGGCUUUCCAAAAGGCAGCGACGGAGGUGAGCCGCUGGGACAGCGUGAUCACUCAGAACCAGAGGGCCGAACAGCUGCUCUUCCCUCUCAACCAGGAGCCGGCCGGCCCCAGACCGAUAGAGAGACUGGUGGCGGGCUGGAAGGCUCAGACUCCCCUGGAACAGGAAGUGUUCGCCCUGUUGUCCGCUAACAAGCAGCCUUUUACUGACCCGAUCCUAACUCCUGCCGAAGAGGCGUCAGUAAAGGCCAUGAGUCUGGAGGAAGCGAAGAUCCGCCGUGCAGAGUUGCAGAAAGCUCGGGCCCUGCAGUCCUAUUACGAGGCCAAGGCUCGGAGAGAGAAGAAAAUUAAAAGCAAGAAGUAUCACAAAGUGCAGAACAAGGUCAAGCGGAAAGGAUUGCUGAAGCACAUCGAGCAGAUGAUCAAGACGGACCCGGCGGCUGCCAUGCAGGAGCUAAAUAAGAUGGAGCUGGCCAGGAUGCAGGAGAGGAUGUCUCUAAAGCACCAGAACAGCAGCAAGUGGGCCAAAUCGAAGGCCAUCAUGGCCAAAUAUGACGAAGAGGCUCGCAAAGCCAUGCAGCAGCAGCUGGAGAUGAACAGGGAGCUCACUCAAAAGCUGGUGACGCCACUGAACGAGGAAGAGGAGGAGGAGGAGGAAGGGGCAGCAGGUGAGGCUGAUGUGCUCCCUGACUUUGUGAACGAUGCAGUGGACGGGCCACCAAAUCCUUGGAUGAAAGGGAAGCUCACCGAAGAGCCAACGAAGGAGCAAGUGAACGAUGCGGCGCCUGAGGCGGCAAGCGUGUCGGCGGCGGCCGCCGAGGAAGAGGAAGAGGAGUGGGCGGCCGACAAAACAGAAGAGGAGGCCCUCCUCAGAGAGUUCGACUGCAGGAGGAAACGGCAUCAAGCUCAAGAGUCCGACACGGCAGGGAGCAUUUUUCAGGAGGAGAUGACAGAAGCUGCAGCAGAAGAUUCGGGGGCUUCUGACUGCGAUGAAGAAGCUCGUUCAGAGUUCAGAAGCAUCUCCAGAGGAGGAGAAGAGGGCUUUAAAGCGACUGAAGCAGUCAACUGUGCUGACCGCACCGAUGAGUCGGCUCAGCUGGAGGAGAGGCUGAUCAGGAUCCGGACCGUGGAGGACCUGGAACGUCUCCCUCACGAACCGUCGGCCGAGCCCAGGGAUCCUCCCACCACUAAAGCCCAACCAUCUGAGGAGAAACGCGUGGGCAAAAGCAAAAAGAAGAAAGGGAUUGAGCUGAAAGAGGUUCUCACUAAAAACACAAAUAUUAUCAAAGUUCCCCUCGCUCCGACCGGCACGGACUCUGAAGAUCCAGAAGCAAAGGUGGACCAAAAAGGACUGAUCAAGGAAGCUUUCGCAGGAGAUGACGUCAUCUCAGACUUUCUUAAGGAUAAAAGGAGGCAGGAGGAUGAGGGGAAGCCUAAGGUGAUCGACCUGACGCUGCCCGGCUGGGGCGAGUGGGGAGGCUUGGGUUUAAAGCCACCCAAAAGAAAGCGCAGAAAGGUUAGGAGUGCUCCCCCCCCACCCAGAAAAGACCAGCGUCUUCCUACUGUUAUCAUCACCGAGAAGAAGAAUGCAUCCAUCAGCCUCCACCAGGUCCAUUCCCUGCCCUUCCCCUUCGAGAACCACGCACAGUUUGAGAGCUGUUUCCGCUCACCGCUGGGCCGCACGUGGAACACGGAGCGUACCGUGAAGAAAGUCACCAAGCCCAGGGUGGUCACCCAGAUGGGGGCCAUCAUCGAUCCCAUGGCUGAGGAGGAACUGUUAAGGAACAAGGAUGCUGUUGCCAGGGAAACUAGCUCGGUGAACUCCAAGAAGAGCAGAUAAUGGCAACAGCAGCAAUUACUGUUGUUGCCAUUAUCUGCGUUCAUCGGGGGGCUUUUCGGUCACAUAUGACUGAGUACAAAAAUCUAUCCUUUAAAUGCAGAGAAUGGGACUGAUUGGAAAUUUGUCCAGUCACAUUUAUGUGAACUGAUUGAGAGAUUAAAUGUGUAAUUACCAGUGUAGUACAUGCCAUGUGUUUGUGAACAAAAGAGUGAAAGUAAGGCUGGGAUGUAUUAGCUUUCUGAAAAACAAUUUUCACAGUUUAGGUUGGUGUGUGCUGGGCAUCUGUGAUAAUCUUCACAAUUCACGUUCACGUCUUAAUUGUUUUGUAUCAAUGGCAACGUUUGUGUAAUGCUGUGCAAGCAUAUGCUUUUUUUUUUAUUUUUUAUUUUGCUCAAUUGGCACAAUAGUUUACCUAAUGUGAAAGGAAGGAAAACUGAGACAAACUGCUUGUGAAAUAUUGAAGCUACAUCAAUAA